GAUGCCUGUUGCACACAUCAUUGACUGCAUUUAGAGAGCUUCUUCCCUCAGGAAUAUAUUUUUCUGAGAGCUCAAUGGCAAACAUUUCACACGGUGAAUAUAUUUCUUACCUGUGCCAAACGUCUGCUACAAGUGUAGCUCUGCCCAUUAUCUACACCAUUAUGUCUAUCACUGGUCUGCCAGGAAAUGCUAUUUCUCUUUGGGUGUUUAUACGCAAAAUUUCUGACAAAACAUCUACUCACAUCUACAUGAUAAAUCUAGGGAUCUCAAACUUGUUGCUCUGCCUCACCAUGCCAUUCCAGGCCACAUACUACUCACUCGGGACCAAAUGGCACCAGCAGGACACCAUGUGCCAAUUGGCGAUAAAUGGCCUAACUCCAGUGAUCCACAUCAACAUCUGCAUUGGUGUGAUGAUACUGAGCUGGGUGGCGCUCAGUCGCUUCGCCUCACUGAUUCAACACUCCCAUGCUGACCGUCCAAGCCGGUGGCUCAAAAUUCUACCAGGUGCCUUCCUCUGUCGAAAACGACAUGCGAAAUUAGCCUACGGGUUGUGCCUGGUCACCUGGGCUGUUGUCGCCAUAGCAGUCUUAUCCUUCGUGGUGCUGUACUCGAUCAGAGAGGCUACGAGUGCGAAGGACAGGAAUGAAGCGUGUUACAGCAUAACAGUGGAGGCUGGUGGGGAAGGAUCUAAUGUCUUCGCAUUAGCGGCCGUUUCAAUGUUCUUCGUCUUUUUCCUGUUGGUCUUAUGUGCUUACAUGGCAGUGAUCAGGCACAUCUGGAGGUCCAGAAGAAAUGCAGCCAUCUCAAACAGCCAGAGAGUCUAUGCAAGAGUGUUUCGGAAUAUUGUUGUCAUUAUGGUGGUGCUGGUGGUGUGUCUCCUGCCGCACCACAUCUAUAAAGCCGUCUUCGUUCAUAUUGUCAGUAAGUCUUGGUCAACAUCCCCACCAAAAGAUGCUUGCCACCCUCUAUCUAUGUACGUGGAGGUGAAGAGCAUCCUGCUCUGUUUAGCAACUCUGCGUUGCUGCACAGACCCCAUCAUGUACUUUCUACUAGACAAGACAUUUCGUAACCAUACGCUUAGCCUGAUGAGAUUAAGCACUAGCGCAAAUGACAGUCAGUCAUCAAAGUCUAACGUGGGACAGUUAUCUCAGGCAACAAGUGCAUGUCUUUAGACAUUAUACUAUACAUGGAAACAAAGAAGUCUCAUUGUGAUCGAUGUGGAUGUACACAAACAUAAGAAAGCGAGGAACUCUUUAACUGGACUACUUCUGCAUGUCUAUUGUUCUUCAGUAUGGGUGUGAAGCUGUGAGAACUCUUGUGAAAUGAUGCAGUGCUAAAAAAUGCUUUAUAAAAAGGAAAUGUGGAGAGGCACACUGGAACCCACCUAAACAAGUAUUUUGUAAGUUGCAAGCUGAAGUCCCUAUAAAAUCACUAGAUGUUUUGAAAAGCAGCUACAGAUCAGACUGAUGUAUGAGUUUCCACACCACUUUGAAUCACUGGAGUACUUUGUGUAGCAUUAAAGAGAAAGUUCAACCAAAACUAAAAAUUCUGUGAUCAUUUCCUCAUCCUCCUGUCAUUCUAAACCUGAAUGACUUUCUUCUUCUGUUGUCUCAGCAUUUUUGUCUUGCACAAAGUCAGCAUUAAAUGGAAAUUAACUUAAAACCCACCUCUUGUGAACCAAGUGCCUACACUACAUUUAUCCUUUUCUGAUAAGCUUUUUCAUUUGAAUGUCAAUAUAGAACGAUUUUGCUACUUGUUUCAUCUCAACUAAAGAAAGUCAUACAUGUUUGGAAUGACAUGGGGCUGAGAAACGAAAACAGAAUUGCUCACACAUUUACAGAAUGCCACAUUUGUACUUUUGCUACAGGUCUUUGCACAUGCAAGGCAGGUUGUUUCCUUUUUUGUUACAUUACAUUUAACCCACAUCUCGUGUCUGUUUGCAUGCUGGUUACUGUGGUAAAUAUGAUUAGCUUUCCAUUACUGUAGCUGUGUAAACAGCGUAUGUGUGCUUGCAAACUUUUUUGCAGCACACUCAUAUAACUAUGUCACUCAUAAUGAUGCAUGAUGGAGUAUGUAUCCAUCUACGUUUCUAAUGCAGCAGCAUUAAAGGCCAUUACUUUACAGACAGUAAAUAUGAGAGUAUGUCAGGAGCUUCAGCAUCUGCAUCGGUAUUCCUACAAAAGAGCAAGAUUAUUGUUGCCUAUUUUGCUUUUGCACUGUCAUUCUAACCACAGCCAGAGAGCUAGCUAAAUAA